AUGUUCGAGCUGCGCCUCGCCCUCCUUUUCUCGGCCUUCCGGCUGAUUCUGAAUGUCGAAGCCAUUGAUCCUGAAUGUUACCUCACAGUCGUGCGUUUUCCUUCCUGAAAUUGUAGUUAUUGAAGAAAUAAGAAUGACAAUUUCGAAAUUGAAAAAUAAUAUUUUUUCGACACAUCUGGUUUUUAUAAAUUCUGCUUGAAAAACUUAAUAAAAAAGCAAAGGACGUGUCUUUUGAUUGAUUCAUGGGAGAAAACCUAUUAUUUGACAUUUUCAAUUUUCCAAAAUAAUAGGGACCUUCAUAUACAAUUUGCGCUUUUAAAACAUUUUUUAAAUUGUUUUAUUUUUGAAAAAAAAGAAGUUAUGUCUUUCUUCUUCCAAAAAAUCAUAAAAGCCAGAACAGUUGAGUUGAAAAAAUAAACAGAAAAGCCUCUUUCAGCCGGAAAUCGCGCGACACUUCGGCUACGCAUCGGAGGCGCACGUGGUUCGGACGGAGGACGACUACAUACUGGAACUCCACCGCUUUCCCUGUGCUCUCAAUGAAUCCGACUGUAGGCCUUCAGAUCAGAAGAAGCCCGUCGUUUUCAUGCAGCACGGCCUUCUUUCUGACGGAUUUUGCUUUAUACCAAACAUGCCUUCUCAAUCUGCAGGUUCAGGUUGAUCAGCUUCUUUUUUUUCUCAUUUUUCGCCAGGUUUCGUUUUCGCUGAUGCGAAAUUUGAUGUUUGGAUUGCGAACUCUCGUGGAACUCCGGCUUCUCAGAAACACAUUGGCUUCGGACCAGACGACAAAAGAUUCUGGAACUUUUCCUUUGAUGUUUUUGGCCUGUUUGUGCUUGGGAUACAAUUUUCUCUUCAGGAAAUGGCUCGAUACGAUCUGACUGCCAGCAUCAAGUACGUGCUGCAGACGACCUCAAGAGUAUAGUUAUCUAUUUUUUGUCCUUCAAGAAUGUUUUCAGGAAGAUUUGUACUACAUUGGCCACUCGCAAGGGACUAUGAUCAUGUUUGCAAAACUGGCCGAUGACGCUUCUUUCAACAAAAAGGUAGUUGAAAUAGAAAAAAGGACAACCUUCAUCACCACACUCACUUUUUUCUGAUUGGCUAACUUUGAUAUUAUCUACACAAGCGAAUCGAGAAAGGUAUAGCGAUACUACGUGACAUGUAUCGAAGUGUCGGAAAUCCAACGAUGGCGUUCAAAUGAGACUAAAAUACACUGUACUUGGAUGCUGGUCAUCUUCUCUCAAAGUUAGAUGAAUCUAUCGCAAUCGACAGCUUCAGUUAAAUCAGCAAAACAGUGCGCAGACAAGAGAGGAAACAAUGAAAUAAGAACUUCAACAGUGAAAAGCUAGUAUCUGAAAUCGAAGCCUAAGAAUAAAAAAAAAUUAUUUAAGCUAAAAUGCGUAACGGGAGGAUAUCAAUUGAAUUUUUUUCUGAAUUAGAAUUUCCUGUAAAAAGUUUCCGAAAGUGUUUUUCAAAACAUUUUCAGAUUCGUCAAUUUCACGCACUUGCCCCGGUCGCUUCUGUUUCUCACAUCGGAGGACUUUUCAAGCUUCUGGGGAAACGAUUCUUGGAAUUUGCUGAAGUUUUUUUCCAUAAAAAAUUUUGGGUUAAUACUAACACUGGAUCAUCCUACUAUAAGAGUAUUUAUUUGCCAGUUCAGGUUCUUCUUGAUCGACUGCCUUACACACCUUUGACCUUUCCAAAAUGGGUUCAAAAACUCAUCGGCUGGAUUUGCAGCCAGAGCAGACUUGAAAAUAUUUGCUCUUUGGAGAUUGGAUUCAUCGAUGGCAAUGAGAAAAUGUUCAACUUGGUGAGAAAUUAGUUUUCUUUAGAACUCAACUUUAUGAAAUUGUCAGACUCGUCUCGGAGUCUACCUCUGCCAUACCCCGGCUGCCACUUCCCUGAAAGACCUGCUCCAUUGGAUGCAGUUGAUGGAUUCUCAGAAGGUGCAAAAAUACGACUAUGGAGCCAAGGGCAACAUGGACCAAUAUGGACAGGUUAAUACAUUUCAUGGAAAAAAAAACUGGUGAAAACCUUGCUCCUAACAAUUUUAUACUACAAAGGAAAAGUUCAACAAGUGAGAUGUUCAAUUCUCGAUUUUUUUUUUAAAGAGAAGGCUUAAAUUUUGAUCCACUCAACUAGUACGAUUUCUUUUUCUUCGAGCUGUAAGUUUCCGCUCUCGAAAAACAGAAAAAUCUAGUAAUUUAUACUUUUAUGAUCUUCACGUGGCACAUCAAUGAGUUUUUUUGGGUGAUUUUUCAAAAAAUUAUGAACUUUCGAGUGAAUAUAUUCUCCACAAGGAGCAAUUCGUUGAAAAAAAAAUUUUUGUCAAGUUGAAAUUUGAUAAUUGAAGUGAAGAGGUUUGAAAAGUUCGAAGUCUUCGUUGAAAUUUUCUGGUUUUCUUUUUCUUUUUUUAAGCUUUGAUCCAAGUUUUCAGGAAACUCCUCCAGUUUAUGAUCUUACAAAAAUUCGAACUCCAACCUUCUUGUAUUGGAGCAAAGACGACAUCUUGGCCGACACAGAUGAUAUACGGUUAGUUCUUGUACUUAAGUGAUUGAUCCAAGUGGAAGAUUUAGAGAUUCAAUCCUCGCCAAAAUGAACGGAACAAUCGCCAACUCAACAGAACUGCCGCAUUACAGCCACAUGGACUUUGUUUUCGGGGUCAACGCCGCCCAAGACAUUUAUAUGGUGAAUCAAUUUAUAAGAAAGGUGAAAUUAAGUUUUUCAGAGCAUGAUAGAAACAAUGAGGAGAGACGACAAUCAACGCCGGAAAAAACUCAACUUGAAAGCAAUUUAUUGA